AUGUCAGGAAACACGGAUUGUAGCGUCAAAAACUCAUACGGAGUUUUCCCAGACCGGUCCACGUGUCGAGCUGCCAACGUGGCUUACCCAACAAGUGAAGCCGAGCUCGUCUCUAUCGUCGCAGCAGCCACUAAAGCCGGACGAAAAAUGCGUGUAACCACUCGAUAUUCCCAUAGCAUCUGUGAAGAUUGUGAUAACUUGAUGAACAACAUCCCUACCCUCGAAUGCACGGACGGAACUGACGGAUUGUUCAUAAGCACCAAGUUUCUAAACCACAUGGUGCAGUCAGAUGCAACGGCCAUGACCUUGACGGUUGAAAGUGGCAUGACGCUUAGGCAGUUUAUCGAUGAAUCUGCUAAAGUUGGAUUGGCGUUGCCUUAUGCACCGUACUGGUGGGGACUAACCGUGGGUGGUAUGAUGGGAACCGGUGCUCAUGGGAGCUCAUUGCGAGGUAAAGGAAGUGCGGUCCAUGAUUAUGUGACGGAAAUUAGGAUGGUUACUCCUGGCUCGGCCAACGAUGGGUUUGCAAAGGUUAGAGUUUUAAGCGAGACUACGACUCCUAACGAGUUUAACGCGGCUAGGGUUUCUCUUGGCGUUCUCGGCGUUAUAUCUCAGGUUACUUUUGAAUUGCAACCGAUGUUCAAAAGAUCGUUGACGUAUUUGAUGAAAGACGAUUUGGAUUUUGAUGAUCAAGACCCGAUAUUUGGGGGAAUACAUGAGUUUGCGGAUCUUGUAUGGUUACCGAGCCAAGGCAAAGUGGUGUAUCGAAUGGACGACCGAGUUGCAAAAAAUCUGGAAAGGGUGUCGUCAUCUUGUUCUGGGACAUAA